CCGAAGGGGAUGAAGUUGCGAACUCCCGAGUAGGAGGGAGCGAUUCUGCAAGCCUGCUGAACGAGGAGAAAUAAGUCUAAAAACAGCUGACGCCAGUCCUCCGACAUCUACAUGUACUGGAAUACUUUUUUGUAUUGUUAAGAUAUUCUACGUGAAGAAAGUAUUUAUACUUUUUUCUAUUUGCACUAACUAACGGUACUUCAGAACUACUGAGAAUUUUUAUUUUUACAAUAGCAGACAAAUAUCCCCCUGUGGAAGGACGCCACUUCUACAAAACCAGCACUUUUGCUUUUGAACCUGUUUGAUCCAACUUCUACUUGCUUUUGCCAUCCUGCCUGGCGAGCGUCAGCAUUGCCAACCACGGAUAAACUAAGUGCACGCAGUGGACUCAUCCAAGGUCAGACACGCAUCCUCUUCACGCACCCCGUAAAGUCAGCAGAUAACUAUGCAGCUUGAAAUCCAAGUAGCUCUCAACUUCAUCAUCUCAUACCUGUACAAUAAGCUGCCGAGGCGGCGGGUCAACAUUUUUGGCGAGGAGCUGGAGCGACAGCUGAAGCAGAAAUAUGAAGGACACUGGUACCCGGACAAGCCAUACAAGGGCUCAGGAUUCAGAUGCAUCCAUGUGGGGGAGAAGGUGGACCCCGUGGUGGAGAAGGCAGCCAAAGAGAGCGGGCUGGACAUCGACGAUGUCCGCAACAACCUGCCCCAGGACCUCAGCGUGUGGAUUGACCCAUUCGAGGUGUCCUAUCAGAUCGGGGAGAAGGGCCCUGUCAAAGUCCUAUAUGUUGACGACAGCAACGAGACUGCCGCUAGCAGCGGCGGUCUGGACCUGGACAAGGAGAUAAAGAACAGCUUCAACCCCGACGCGCAGGUCUUCAUGCCCAUCAAUGAGCCCGCGAGCGGCGCCUCCCCGGGCUCCAGCUCGCCCUCGCCGCCGUUCGGCCACUCGGCGGCCGUCAGCCCCACCUUCAUGCCGCGCUCGGCGCAGCCCCUGACCUUCACCACCGCCACCUUCGCCGCCACCAAGUUCGGCUCCACCAAGAUGAAGAGCAGCGGGCGCAGCAACAACGGCAGCUGUAGCGCCACCAGCAAGGCGGCGCGCACCUCUCCCACCAACCUGGGCCUGAAUGUGAACAGUCUCCUGAAACAGAAAGCCAUCUCCACCUCCAUGCACUCCCUGUACGGGCUGGGCCUCGGGGCGCAGCAGCAGCACCAGAAGCCCUCGGCCCUGUCCCCCAACGCCAAGGAGUUCGUGUUCCCCAGCCUGCAGGGCCAGGGCAGCCAGAGUGCUCUCUUUCCCGGGGACAGCUCGCUCAGCCUCAGCCCGCUGCAGUACAGCAAUGCCUUCGACGUGUUUGCGGCCUACGGUGGCCUUAACGACAAGUCCCUCAUGGAUGGCUUGAAUUUCAGCUUGAACAACAUGCAGUAUUCUAACCAGCAAUUCCAGCCAGUUAUGGCCAACUAGUACGUGUAAAGGGUACUACUUAAGCUACUACUUCCCACAGAAGCGACCAGAGAUAAUGUGACAGGUGGGAAACAAACAAAUGCACAUUUAGAAAAACAGAAAAAGUGUAAACAAGAACCGAAUGUCAAGAAUAAAAGGAAAACGUGACUUGUCAACUGUAAGAUCUAUGUUACGAGUCUAAGAGCAUGAGCCCGAGGGUGAAUUACUUUGCCCCCUUGAGUUAUACCCUUUUUUUUUUUUUUUUUUUUUUUAAACAAUGAAGCUUGUAGUACAAGAUGUCCAAGCUUGGUUACCUAAAGUUCAACAUGCAUCAUUGUUAUUUCUUUUGCCAACCAAGCACAAAAUAUUUUUUUUAUGUGACUGUUUUAAGAUAUAAAAAAAAGACAAAAAAAAAACAAACACCACCACAAGUCAUGGCCUAUUUCAGUAUUUAAACAUAACUGGAAAUCAUCAAUUUUCCAAGAAAUUGGCAUAAAUAGGUGGGAUUUCCUGGUCUUUUUUCUAAUUGUAUAAUUUAAUUUAGUACAGAGUUUGUAAAAUAUCAGAGUAUCUAUUGUUUCUACGACAUGGUAUUGCAUUUAUAUCUUUUUACUACUCCAGUGAUCUGUGAUGGCUGCAGCAACUUUAUGUUUUCUUUUUUUAUUGAAAUUAUAAAAUGAAUCCAUCUUUUAAAAAAAACAUUGACUAUUCUAAAGAUUGUGUACAGAAUAUUCCGUAGUGGUGGGAUUUAAGAAUAUUUGCUUUUUUGAAAAACAUAAGAGUUGUAUUUUCUGUUAAGAGUUUAAAGAUUUUUGCUAUAUUAUGGACAAAAUGUAAUCGUAUAUUAAUUUUGUACCUACAUUGUGCAAUACUUGAUAAAAACAAACGGUAUAACAACGUAUUCUGAGUCAGUGUCUUACGUGUUAAGAGGGACUGAUAGUUUAUUAAGUUUGUAUUAAAAUGUUUGAAAAUAA